AUGAUCCCCCGAUCAGCUGCUCUACGAAAGCCACUGGUUGGCUCAAUUGGACAUAUCCAAGCCCUGCCCUCUCGCUCUCUCUCCACGACCGUCCCCGUACACAAUCCUUGUGCCUCGGCCCCAGAGAACCCCCCGGCACGACCCCAUGGAAUCGAUCCGCGAUGGCUCACCAUGAUGAAGCGACGAAUCGGGCGGUGCAUGAUGUUUGGUCUCAAGCCAGCGCAGAUUGACGAUGCAGGCAAGAUCCUCCAGCAAUUGGCGCGGGAUUGGCGCGAAUUGAUUGCCGGCAGUGAGGGAUUCUUGACCGACGAGAAGAGGCGGAGCUUGUAUCGGCAUAACGUGGUGUGGGGAGAGAUGGAUAUAAUGGGCCACGUCAACAAUGUCACCUACGUCCGAUACGCCGAAUCCGCGCGAGUGAAUUGGACACGCAAUAUUGGCUUGCACAUUGACCCUGCUAACAAGGACAAAUGGACUAACCUGCUUAAUUCAACGGGUAUUGGCCUGAUUCUUCGAAGUAUUAAAGUUGACUACAAGUUUCCCAUGACUUGGCCGGACAAGAUAACAGUGUACCAGAAACUGGUUCAUGAUCCAUCAUCAGCUGGAUCCUCGCAUUCUGCAUUUCACCUGCAAGUCAUGAUUUUAUCAGAGGCCCGCCAGCGCCCCGCAGCGCGUUGUCAUGAGGAUAUUGUCACUUAUGACUAUAAGAAGAAUCGGAAGACCUCCGAACUGCCGCCAUUUAUCUUUGAGCAGUUCAAGACUAUUUGGGAACUACAAGAAAAGGCAAAGAAGGAUUGGCAAGACCGUAUUUUGGAGAUUGAAAACCAAGUGCGGACUCUCGAGGUUGAGAGCUGGGAUCGGGCAGAUGCGGUAGAGGAUACAGGAUCAGCAUAA